AAUAAACACACGCUGAGAAAUAGCUCCGUGCUAUGGGUUAUAAACAAACCUAUGGAUAACGGAGACAUAUAUAAUAGUUUCCUUUUCAGGUGAGAGAGGACGCUAGAGGCAGUGCCUUUAAGGCACGCCCCCAAUAUUGUUGUCUGGGUGGAAAUCGGGAGAAAUUCGGGAACAUGGUUGCCCCGGGAUAUUUUCGGGAGGCGCACUGAAAUUCGGGAGUCUCUUGGGAAAAUCGUGAGGGUUGGCAAGUAUGGUUAUCGUUGACUUCAAAGGCUUCAGGUCUUGCAAGCUCCUGUGCGACAGUCCAAUGAUGAUGUCUGUGCUGUGGUAUUUGGUGUCAGUGCUGGCAUUUUGCACCACGAGCCUACUCAUGGAGGAGCUGAGCACACCGGUAUGUGCCGUGCAAGUAGAGUCUGUGGCAGGUAUUGUUGUGACGCUCCAAUGCAAGUCCUCCCAAGGCACACCCCCGCUGAAGUACAGCUGGACAAAGACGAGUGGAAAUCAGAUGUUACCUCACAACUCCAACGAGGACACCUCCAGAGGGACCUUGUCGGUCAACAGGCUCUCGGAGGACAACUGUGGAAGUUAUCUCUGCACGGUGGAAAGUCUGGAUGAUACCAAACACUGCGAGGUCCUACUUGAGUGUCCAUCCUCACCUCCGACCACAAGAGAUGCAACCAAACACAGUGAGGUCCUAUCAAUGAGUCUAUGGUCCCCAUUAGAGACGCGCAAUGUACAUCACGUUGUCAUAGCAGUGGCAGUGACUAUCGUCGUUCUCCUAUCUCUGGCCAUUGUCUUCUUUCUCACAGUAAUUUGGGUCUUGCGCAAAAGAAAUCGUGGUAAGCUUGCUAUUAAAAAAAACGCUUUUUAGCAGCGUCCCCUCUUCAAAAUGGUAUUUCGGUGAGGGACAAGCUGUAUGUAACUGAGAUUACAUUACUGUGUACUAAUUAGUACUGACUGAU